AUGGGGGCCCCACCCCCGUCUCCCGGCCUGCCCCCUUCGUGGGCCGCGAUGAUGGCGGCCCUGUACCCGAGCACCGACCUGUCGGGAGUCUCCUCCUCCUCCCUGCCUUCCUCCCCAUCCUCCUCUUCGUCGCCGAACCAAGUGAUGGCGCUGAAGGAUGUGCGGGAGGUGAAGGAGGAGAACACCCUGAACGAGAAGCUGUUCUUGCUGGCGUGCGACAAGGGUGACUAUUAUAUGGUUAAAAAGAUUUUGGAGGAGAACAGUUCAGGGGACUUGAACAUAAAUUGCGUAGAUGUGCUUGGGAGAAACGCUGUUACCAUAACUAUUGAGAACGAGAACUUGGAUAUACUGCAGCUCCUUUUGGACUACGGUUGUCAGUCCGCAGAUGCACUUUUGGUGGCAAUCGACUCUGAAGUAGUGGGAGCUGUUGAUAUACUACUUAAUCAUCGACCAAAACGAUCAUCAAGACCAACUAUAGUAAAACUAAUGGAACGAAUACAGAAUCCUGAGUAUUCAACAACUAUGGACGUUGCACCUGUCAUUUUAGCUGCUCACCGUAACAACUAUGAAAUUCUUACGAUGCUCUUAAAGCAGGAUGUCUCUCUCCCCAAGCCCCACGCAGUUGGCUGUGAAUGCACGUUGUGUUCUGCGAAAAACAAGAAGGACAGCCUCCGACAUUCCAGGUUUCGUCUUGAUAUAUAUAGAUGUUUGGCCAGCCCAGCUCUAAUAAUGCUCACAGAGGAGGAUCCAAUUCUGAGAGCAUUUGAACUUAGUGCUGAUUUAAAAGAACUAAGCCUUGUGGAGGUGGAAUUCAGGAAUGAUUACGAGGAACUGGCCCGUCAGUGCAAAAUGUUUGCUAAGGAUUUGCUUGCACAAGCCCGGAAUUCACGUGAAUUGGAAGUCAUCCUAAACCACACAUCUAGUGAUGAGCCUCUCGACAAGCGGGGACUGCUCGAGGAAAGAAUGAAUUUAAGUCGCCUAAAGCUCGCUAUCAAGUAUAACCAAAAGGAGUUUGUCUCCCAGUCUAACUGCCAGCAGUUCCUGAACACUGUUUGGUUUGGACAAAUGUCAGGUUAUCGGCGUAAGCCCACCUGUAAGAAGAUAAUGACUGUUUUGACAGUUGGCAUCUUUUGGCCUGUAUUAUCCCUGUGUUAUUUGAUAGCUCCCAAAUCUCAGUUUGGCAGAAUCAUUCAUACACCUUUUAUGAAAUUUAUUAUUCAUGGAGCAUCAUAUUUCACAUUCUUGCUGUUACUAAAUCUGUACUCUCUUGUCUACAAUGAGGAUAAGAAAAACACAAUGGGGCCAGCCCUUGAAAGAAUAGACUACCUACUUAUACUGUGGAUUAUUGGGAUGAUUUGGUCAGACAUUAAAAGACUCUGGUAUGAAGGGUUGGAAGACUUUUUAGAAGAAUCUCGUAAUCAACUCAGUUUUGUUAUGAAUUCCCUCUAUUUGGCAACCUUUGCUCUCAAAGUUGUUGCUCACAACAAGUUUCAUGAUUUUGCUGAUCGGAAGGACUGGGAUGCGUUCCAUCCUACCCUUGUGGCCGAAGGACUUUUUGCAUUCGCAAAUGUUCUGAGUUAUCUUCGUCUCUUUUUUAUGUAUACAACCAGCUCUAUCUUGGGUCCAUUACAGAUUUCAAUGGGACAGAUGUUACAAGACUUUGGAAAAUUUCUUGGGAUGUUCCUUCUUGUUUUGUUUUCUUUCACAAUUGGACUGACACAACUCUAUGAUAAAGGCUAUACUCCAAAAGAGCAGAAGGACUGUGUGGGCAUCUUCUGUGAAGAGCAAAGCAAUGACACCUUCCACUCGUUCAUCGGCACUUGCUUUGCUUUGUUCUGGUAUAUUUUCUCUUUGGCACAUGUGGCAAUCUUUGUGACCAGAUUCAGCUAUGGAGAAGAGCUGCAGUCCUUCGUGGGAGCUGUGAUUGUUGGGACCUACAACGUCGUGGUCGUGAUUGUACUGACCAAGCUGCUGGUGGCGAUGCUUCAUAAAAGCUUUCAACUGAUAGCAAAUCAUGAAGACAAAGAAUGGAAGUUUGCUCGAGCAAAGUUGUGGCUUAGCUACUUUGAUGACAAAUGCACACUACCCCCACCUUUCAACAUCAUUCCUUCCCCAAAGACUAUCUGCUAUAUGAUUAGUAGCCUCAGUAAGUGGAUUUGCUCCCAUACCUCAAAAGGCAAGGUCAAACGGCAAAACAGUUUAAAGGAAUGGAGAAACCUGAAACAAAAGAGAGAUGAGAACUAUCAGAAAGUGAUGUGCUGCUUGGUGCACCGCUACUUGACAUCCAUGAGGCAGAAGAUGCAAAGUACAGACCAGGCCACAGUGGAGAACCUGAACGAGCUGCGCCAGGACCUGUCAAAGUUCCGAAAUGAGAUAAGGGACUUGCUUGGCUUCCGGACUUCUAAGUAUGCUAUGUUCUAUCCAAGAAAUUAACCAUUUUCUAAGUCUUGUAGAAAAUAAUUUUCAAUAACAAAUCUGAAGGACUAUUUGCACAACUUCCAAUUAAAUUA